UCCAAAAUCCACGCAUGGUCUCCUGCAAACGUUCCGCCGUGUCAUCAUCAGGAAACAGAUCAGUUUUUCUAACAUCCACAUCAACCUCAGGAAGAGCGGAGCAUAAUACAUAAUACAGACAGGAGCAGGAGCCUCUACUUUCACCAAUUACACAAAGAAGCAAGGAAGCACAUUAGCACACAUCUUUAAUACCAUGGCGGACAGUGGGGAUACUGCCGCGAAACCAACACCAGCAUCAGCACCCAGCUCGCCAAAGCUGUAUUACAUCAAAGAAGCGCGAGCCAAGUCGGUACCACAGCAAUUUACCGGAAGUCAUGAUCUUAUGACCACCUUCAACCUCCUACCGCUCUACAACCAAUAUGUCAAGCAGAAGACAAAGAAUAACGAGGACCUACCACCAAUAGAGCCGACCUAUUUUCCGUUCAUCAGCGACCUACCAGGAAAGAAUGCAAUAAGACCAGGAAACUAUAUUCGAGCCUUAUUGGAGGCGCCAGAAAAGAGUUACGGUCCCAUUCACCCAUUUGCGUCGUCGACAAUCCGAGACGGUUUCACUCUUCGUCCAGGGCCUGUACCAGGGUUUGACAGCUCAGUCCUUGGUACGGAUGAAGAUGGCGCCUACAAGCAAAUAGUCAAGGAUCUACCAGUAGCAGGAGAUUCUCUUAAGGCCAUCAACAACACAGUGACAGGACUGGGUGUGGCAGGAUACGCGGAUCUGAAUUCUGUGCCGCUAAGUGGUUCUCCUGCACCAUCAUCCCAUAGCCAGCAGCAUCACCAGGGGAGCCACAGCCACAGCCAUAAUCAUGGCGACAGAGGCGAGCGUGGAGAUGGCGACGGCAGUCGAGAACAUAGACACAAGAAGAAGAAAAAGAAGAGAAAGCACGAACACGAUCAUGAGCACACUCAUCAUGAAGGCGAAGGCGACACUGAACACCGCAAGAAGAAGAAAAGGAAAAAGGAACGGGAGGAACAUGGAGAGUACGGCGAGCAUGGUGAACAUAUUGACAUUGUUUAGCAUAUGUGUUUUCUAGACCUCCCCCUGAAUAAAGCAGCGGGCAAAUAAAGAAAAA